CUGAUUCCUCAAGAGGCUUUAUCUACAGAUCAAGAGAAACUGAGCCACCUCCAUAGCCUACAUACGCCUAAAAAACCUUUGAAGACUUAUCUCUAUGAUCUCUUUUCGUUUUUACCAUCAGCAACAAUAAUCCUAUUAUAGAAACCCUGUCCUGAUAUACUCUGCUUCUUCCGCUGCUCCUCUUGAUUUCCAUAACAAAUUUUAUUUUAUUUUACUCUGUUUUCUGGCAGAGCUUGUCUUUUGUUGUUUUGCUUCUUGUAAUUCUCAUUUUUUUUAAAAAAAUUAUUCUUCAGCGGGUGUGUGUGGCUCUACAAGAUGUGGGCUUUUAUUCUCUGCCUCCCAAACAAAAGCAAAUGUUGAUUUCUUUUGGAUCUGCAGGCAUGACUUUGGGGUACAGAAUGGGGCAUGUGUAUGUAUAGCUUUUACCUUGCUUUGUAUCAUAUUUUCUUGUUCUUUUUCUGGAUCUCUCUAAGUGGAAGAUGAUGAGCAGAAAAGGUUUGAUCUUGUUGGGGAAAUAGAUGCUGCUAGUUCCUUUGGUGGGUUGGAUUGAAAAAUGGAUAUGGGAUCUGCAAAUGGGUUUUACUCAAAUGAGUUCAAUUUGGAUACAAAGUGGCUGAUUGAUCCUAAGCAACUUUUUGUUGGGCCAAAGAUUGGAGAGGGUGCUCAUGCUAAAGUUUAUGAGGGAAAAUACAAGAAUCAAAAUGUUGCAAUUAAAGUUGUUCACAGGGGAGAAACCCCAGAAGAGAUUGCCAAGCGAGAAGGACGAUUUGCAAGAGAGGUUGCAAUGUUAUCUAGGGUACAGCACAAAAAUUUAGUGAAGUUUAUUGGUGCUUGCAAGGAACCUGUUAUGGUUAUCGUCACUGAGCUUCUACUAGGUGGGACACUGCGUAAAUACUUGAUCAACAUGAGGCCCGGGCGCGUGGAGAUGCAUGUUGCAGUUGGCUUUGCUCUUGAUAUUGCUCGUGCAAUGGAAUGUUUGCAUGCGCACGGGAUCAUUCACCGUGACCUAAAGCCUGAGAACUUGAUCUUGACUGCAGACCACAAAACAGUGAAACUUGCAGACUUUGGUUUGGCCAGAGAGGAGUCAUUAACAGAGAUGAUGACGGCUGAAACUGGGACAUAUCGUUGGAUGGCACCAGAGCUUUACAGCACUGUAACAUUGAGGCAUGGGGAGAAAAAACAUUACAAUCACAAGGUUGAUGCCUACAGUUUUGCAAUUGUGUUGUGGGAGCUCAUCCAUAAUAAGUUACCUUUUGAAGGCAUGUCAAAUCUGCAGGCAGCAUACGCAGCUGCUUUUAAGAAUGUGAGACCCAGUGCGGAGAACCUCCCGGAGGAUUUGGCUAUGAUUGUCACAUCAUGUUGGCAAGAGGAUCCAAAUGCCCGACCCAACUUCAGCCAAAUUAUACAGAUGCUUCUGCACCAUCUCACCACCAUCUCACCACCAACACAUCCUGUUAUUCCAGCUCGAGUAUUCUCCUCCGAGAACUCUGUAUUGCCGCCAGAGUCCCCUGGCACAAGUUCUUUGAUGCCAGUAAGAGGCGAUUCAGCGGAAACCACAAACACCGAGAUGGAAGACAGGCCCAGAGGUCUCUUAUUCUGCUUUAAACAAUGUUACUAUUGAGUCUCUGGUGGUAUUCCAAAUUUCUGGUAGAGAAUCCCAAUAAAAAUGUGGUUGACAAAAUACAUCUUAAUAGGAGAAAAAUAUAUAUCAGGCAUAGGAAGGAAGCAACUUAGUAUCAAAUCGCGCAAUUAACUUUUAUCACUGCUUACGUUAAUAUUUAAUGAAGAUGGCUAAUUGAAAAUGUUCAUAUAUGGAGUUUGGGUUGCGAUAAUGUGAAAUUGUAGCAGAAGAAGGUCUCCAUCCAAAGGCUUUAUCUUUGUUCAUGAAGUUUGGUUUGAUUUGCAUCAAGACAAGUGCUGCUGAGAAAGGAACACAUGAUCUACUCUCUAGCGUAUCUAAAUAAUGGCUCUUCUAAUAGUAUUUCUUCUUAGUUUUGUAAUUGAAGUGCACAAUAAAUCUGCUGGUGGAGGCCAUCUGAGAGGCCUCUCUCAGUCCUAGGCAGGUGUAUGCAUAAUGAUUUUGGAUAUUGAUUUGGCGGUGGUCUUCAGAUCUAUUCUAGCAUUCAAGCAUGGUGGUCUCCACCAUGAAGUUGUUUUAUGUUAGAGGUGGUACGCUUCAUUGUUGACUCUGUCCGGUAAAGUACGAAGGGCUGCUGCAUCUGUUAAUUCAACUCUUAACAGCAUCCCAGAUCUGUGAGGGGUGGUUUUUGAGUUGUAAAAUGCGGCUGAGUAGGAAUACUUUUGACAGGAGAAUUCAAGUUUAAUUUUUCACAUA